CAAUAAUAAUAAAUUAAAAGAGAGAGAGAAAAAAAAAAACCAAAACCCUAGAAUCGCACAUCUUUGCCAAAAACCCAGGUUACAAAAUAGCAGUCACAACAACAAAGAACCCCUCUUCCUCUUGUCCGGACCAUCAAUUAUCUUCUUCGUUCAAUUUUCUCAAUUCAUAGAAAUCAGAGCAAAUGACGAACAAGGGCAAUCAAAAUCCUACUGCUUCAAAUUCAGAUUUCUUGCCGCUAGAAGGUGGUCCGGCUCGUAAGCUACCCAAAGGUGGAGAAGAUUUAGAUAACAAAGCUACUGUUCUUUAUGUUGGCAGAAUUCCUCAUGGAUUUUACGAGGAUCAAAUGGAAGGGUUUUUUCAACAAUUUGGGUCUAUUAAGAGAUUGAAGAUUUCUCGAAGCAGGAAGACCGGAAAAUCUAAGCAUCACGGUUUCAUCGAGUUUGAGUACCCAGAGGUUGCCAAAAUUGUUUCAGAAUGUAUGCAUAAUUACCUACUGUUUGAGCACAUGCUGCAAGUAAAAUUGAUCGCUCCAGAGCAAGUACAUCCUAAACUAUGGAAAGGCGUAAACCGCAGACAGAAAACGCCAGUUGACUUUGUUGAAAUUGAGAGGUUAAAGCAUAAUAAGGAUAGGACACUUGAGGAGCACAAGAAAUUGCUGAAAACAAUUCUGAAGAAGGACAGAAAACGAAGAAGUAAAAUAGAGGCUGCUGGAAUUGACUAUGAAUGUCCCGAAGUGGAGGGUGCUAACCUGCCUGCAUCAAAAAAGAUUAGGUUUGAUGAUUAGUUUUUCUAAAUCAUAUAGCUCUCUUGUGAGUAAACUGCUAAAAGGAUGGCUAAGAAGUGAAAACCUAUGAAGUUACUUUCAGAGCUAGGAAACAUACUCGUGUUACCAAGGGGGCAACUUUUUGGGAACGGUAAAUGCGUAGUUUGUCGUAGCCAUAGCUUGUACACCUGUUGGAGUGAUAAGUAGCGUUUUAUCUAUGGUUUAUGUUGUAGGCUUGCGUUAUGCUCCGGCUUACAUAUGUUUUCUAUCUCCUUAGUUUAUUUUAGGAUUCUGUUUUGUACUUGUUGGCUUAUAGAUGCUGGUUUAGGAUUCUUCUUAAAUUGUAAUCUCCUUGCCUUUGGUGUAUGAAUGUUUAAGAGGAAUAUUUACAGUCCCUUUUAUGAAAUGCUUCAAAUAGCUGGUAUUCGUAUUCGAA